UAUUCUUUCUCCUCCGGAAACCUCCCGCCUAGCUACCCGCGUCUCACACAGGCGGCGCUGGGACCCGGGGACGGGGCGCCAGGCUCGCAGCUGGUGACAUGUAGAUGCCCCCUCGGUGGUCCAGCCUCGGCACCUGGGCACCCUUCUGCCCGUAAAGUUUGGGGCUGGGCGCCAUGGCCAAGAGCAGCUCCCUGAAUGUUCGCGUGGUGGAGGGCCGGGCGCUGCCCGCCAAGGACGUGUCUGGGAGCAGUGACCCCUACUGCAUCGUGAAGGUGGACGACGAGGUGGUGGCCAGAACAGCAACUGUCUGGAGGAGCUUGAGCCCCUUCUGGGGGGAGGAGUACACCAUUCACCUGCCCUUGGAUUUCCACCACCUGGCCUUCUACGUGCUGGACGAGGAUACAGUGGGGCACGAUGACAUCAUUGGCAAGAUCUCGCUGAGCAGGGAAGCGAUUGCAGCCGACCCCAGAGGAAUUGAUAGCUGGAUCAACCUGAGCCGUGUGGACCCAGAUGCAGAGGUUCAGGGUGAGAUCUGUUUGGAUGUACAGAUACUGGAAGAUACACGGGGCCGUUGUCUUCGCUGUCAUGUGUUCCAGGCCAGGGACCUGGCCCCCCGAGAUAUCACCGGCACAUCUGACCCAUUCGCACGCGUGUUCUGGGGCAGCCAGAGCUUGGAGACGUCAACCAUCAAGAAGACCCGCUUCCCACACUGGAAUGAAGUGCUGGAGCUGCGGGAGAUGCCGGGAGCCCCAGCCCCGCUGCGGGUGGAGCUCUGGGACUGGGACAUGGUGGGCAAGAAUGACUUCUUGGGUAUGGUGGAAUUCCCCCCACGGGUCCUGCAGCAGAAUGCCCCCAGUGGCUGGUUCCGUCUCCUGCCCUUUCCCAGAGCCGAGGAGGAUUCUGGGGGGACCUUGGGCGCGCUGCGGCUGAAGGUGCGCCUCAUCGAAGACUGCGUCCUCCCUUCCCGGUACUACCAGCCGCUCACGGAGCUGCUCAUGGCAUCUGUGCUGGGCCCGGCAGAGGAGGAUGCUGCCAGUCCCCUGGCCCUGCUGGAGGAGCUGACCUUGGGGGACUGCCGCCAGGACCUUGCCACCAAGCUGGUGAAGCUCUUUCUUGGCCAAGGCCUGGCCGGGCCCUUUCUGGACUAUCUCACCCGGCGUGAGGUGGCCCGGACCACUGACCCCAACACCCUCUUCCGUUCUAACUCCCUGGCAUCCAAGGCAAUGGAACAGUUUAUGAAGCUCGUGGGCAUGCCUUACCUGCAUGAGGUCCUGAAGCCGGUGAUUCACCGCAUCUUCGAGGAAAAGAAGUACAUGGAGCUGGACCCGUGCAAGAUGGACCUGGGCCGCUCCAGGAGAAUUUCCUUCAAGGGCACACCCUCGGAGGAGCACGUGCGGGACGCCAGCCUGGGGCUGUUGACGGGCUACCUGGGGCCCAUCGUGGAUGCCAUCGUGGGCUCCGUGGGGCGCUGUCCGCCUGCCAUGCGCCUUGCCUUCAAGCAGCUGCACCAAUGCGUGAAGGAGCGCUUCCCCCAGGUGGAACACGAGGAUGUGAAGUACCUGGCCAUAAGCGGCUUUCUCUUCCUGCGGUUCUUUGCGCCUGCCAUCCUCACCCCAAAGCUGUUUGACCUCCGGGACCAGCAUGCAGAUCCCCAGACCAGCCGCUCACUGCUACUGCUUGCCAAGGCUGUGCAGAGCAUCGGAAACUUAGGCCAGCAGCUGGGCCAGGGCAAGGAGCUAUGGAUGGCGCCCCUCCACCCCUUCCUGCUACAGAGUAUCUCACGUGUGAGACACUUCCUGGACCAGCUGGUGGAUGUGGAUGGGGAGGAGGAGGCUGGGGGCCCAGCCAGGGCCCUGGUGGCCCCCUCGGUGAUCGUCCGUGAAGGUUACCUGCUGAAGCGCAAGGAGGAGCCCACCAGCCUGACCACCCGCUUCGCCUUCAAGAAGCGGUACUUCUGGCUCAGCGGGGAGGCGCUCUCCUACUCCAAGAGUCCUGAGUGGCAGAUGCGCUCCUCCAUCCCUGUGUCUCACAUCCGUGCCGUGGAGCGCGUGGACGAGGGCGCCUUCCAGCUGCCGCACGUGAUGCAGGUGUUAACGCAGGACGCUGCGGGCGUGCUGCACACCACUUACCUCCAGUGCAAGAAUGUGAAUGAGCUCAACCAAUGGCUGUCAGCCCUGCGCAAGGCCAGCGCCCCCAACCCGGACAAGCUGGCCUCCUGCCACCCUGGUGCCUUCCGCAGCUCGCGCUGGACCUGCUGCCUCCAGGCUGAGCGCUCAGCUGCUGGCUGCAGCCGUACACACUCGGCCGUCACCCUGGGGGACUGGAGCGACCCACUGGAUCCUGACGCUGAGAUCCAGAUGGUGUACCGGCAGCUGCUCCUGGGGCGGGACCAGCUCAGGAUGAAAUUCCAGGAGGAUCUCAACAUAGAUUCCAGUCCAGAGGCAGAUGCAGAGAAGGGCUCCGGGGCCACGGAAGGGGUCUGUCCCAGUGCCCUGGCCCGGCACAGAGAGGCAGCUGCCCGCCUGCUGGAGGUGCUCGAAGAUCUGGACAGAGCCCAUGAAGAGUUCCAGCAGUGGGAGCAGCAGAGGGCAGCCCUGAGCCCCCUCGGGCACUGAGAAAAGGCCAGAACCAGCCUGGAAGGGGAAGGAAGGCGCCAGAGGACCCCCUCUCAGAGCACCCUGGAGUCUUGAGGCUGUCCUGUUCCUCAUUGAUGCUGUAGGGUGCAGGCUUCUGGAGAUUUCCUAGUCUCUGUGCCCUAAGUGCAAAAUCCCGGGCACGGAAGCCCUGUGGCAGGGGGCUGGCCUUUGUACUGAAUGACUUUCAGUCUCUGGGCGAGGCAGAUGGGAGUGGAUGGGAUAAGGAGCCUGACUCAUUCGGCUCAGUGGAAGGUCUCUGCUAAACCAGACUGGCUCCUGCCCACACCGACGGGGCCCACCUGGUCCUGAGCUGCUGGAUACAGCUGUCUGUGAAUCCCCGACACCCACGUGGCCUUGUUGCCCCAGACAGGCACUAAAGAGGCUCAGCCCUUCCUGUUUUCAUGUCUGCCAAUCCGUGUAACCUCAGUGAUCCUCCUGAACCCUGCCUUGGCCGAGAGUCCUAACCGCAAGCUUCCAGAAUCUGGUUCCCUCGGGAAUAAUGGAGGCUUGGAGCUCAGCGUGCCAGACUCAGACCCUUGGAGCCUGGGAGACCUUGGCCUAGGUUCUGACCCCCUCUUUGAGCCUCGGUUCAUGCUGUAUAAAAUGAGGGAGUGUCUAGAUGUGUGGUUGUCAAACUGGGUUCCGUGGAACUGGUUUGGGAGCCAGGGAGGCGUUUCUUAGACUGUUGUGGUCCAAAACUCACCCCCUAGGUUUUCUGCUAGAAAUGCAGAUUCUCGGCCCCCACCCAGAUUUACUGAAUCAGAAUCUGAAGGAGUGUGGGCACAUGGACCAGGAUUUUUAACAAGUUCCCCUGGUGAUAUGGUCGAACACAGGAUUUGAUGAUCACGGGGCUGGGCAACUUUGUAUAGUGGGGUUUGAGGUGAGAUUUUGUUUGAGAAUGAGUCAUAGAGGGUAAAAUAUUUGGGGAACACCCAACUGGCAGAACUGGAAGGGCCUCCAAGGACUCAUUUCUGGUUUUUGUGUGACUAGAGGGUGGGACAGAAACCAAAGCGUAUCUGGAGAUUAGGGGGACCCAGGAAGAUGCAGCGCUAUCCCGAGCGUGGCCAGCAGGGGUCGCCUGGAGCCGCAGAAUAUGCCUCCGCCACCCAGCAUGCCUUGCUGAUAGGAAGCUUGUUGCAUUCCUGGGAUCCGUCC